ACCAGAGAAGAGACCAGAAAAUUCCCCGCGGCAAAUAAGAUCAGAGACCGGCUAACAUCAACAAAAUUUGAUCUUCUCACUAUUAACAGCACUGGACAAAUUUCUUCAUUUCAUUCACUGUUUUUAGCACUGUGUUAGUGAGAACAGUUGACUGUUGUUACCGUCCUGUGCUUCGAGGGUUUUUCUCCAGCCUCUCCAAUUUUCCUACCUUCGUACGAACCAACUUCUAAAUUGAAAUGUGUUUUUUGAACUUUCCCUGGAUCGAAGGAUUGUUCGGUUGGGAUUAUUCUGUGCCAGAAUGAAUCGACAAGCGAAGGAAAAUAAGGUAGCUAACGCAAAUAAAAAAAUCACUCCUUCAACUACACUAGAUACAGGUGGUAUCGGUGACCAACCAGCCGAUUCACUUGUCUUAGCUUUAUUAUUAAUUCAUCACGAACCCAAUGUUCUUAUGCUACAAACAUGUAGCCAGCAAACGUACGGAUCAAUGACAACAAAAUUCUACCCCCUACAGAUACAUACAAAAGCAGCAAACAAGGUUUAAUCAAGCUACGUAGUGGCAGCAAAUUGGCGUAGAAAGUUGCAUUGUUUUCUGUUUGGAACGCUGAACUACCCAGUUCUAUCUAGACAAAAUAAACUCUGCCACAAUAUUCCGAUUUGAGGACACCAAUCUUCGUAUACAUUACAACCAAAAUGGCCGAUAUUCGCUUAAACAUUUGUCCGGCAAAGUUCCAGAGUAUCUCAUUCUUGGUUGUCAUGGUGAUAGCCUGGAGUUUUUAUCCUUGUGAAGUCAUUUCCAGACCAGAACCAGGAAACACAUGGUACAACAUUGGACCACGGAAUAACGAAAGUGUCAAUACAGUUGUGGUUAUUGCUAAUAUCACCCCACCAACGAAUGCACCUACUCAACCACAACAGCCAACCACCCCAGCAGUCAAUCCAAUCCAGCCAAGUAAUCCGGUCAAACCUGUUCAACCAGCACAGGUGACAAAACCAGUUACACAACCUCAAGGAGUUUCGGGUGAGACGACUACACCGGUCCAACCAGGGGGGCCAAAAACACCUUCAAGUAAUGGUAAUGUAACAAGUACGAGUACGUCUACCACCUCUGCACCACCCACCGCUACUUCUAGUAAAAAUACUACUACCGCACAAAGAAAAGAGAAUUUGAGUAUGUCUGACAUUAGGUCCGUCGGCUGCUUUCGGGAUUCUUACGUGGAGCCCCGACCCCUCCCGAAACUGAUCGCAGACUUCCGAGACGACAGCAAAAAUCCCAUGGUUAGAGAGAACUUUAACGACACAAUCUUUGCUUGUGCAAAAAAAGCUGCCGAAAUGAAAUUUGGAUUUUUCGGAAUACAGUCGAAUGGCGAAUGCUGGAGUGGAGAGGACUCCGAGAGAACCUACGCAAGAGAUGGGCCCUCGACUGACUGCCAUCAUGGAGUAGGCAAGUCAGGCGCAAACUAUGUCUACAGAUUCGUUGGCAAACAUCCCAAGCCCUGCAAAGACUGUGGUUCCACGCGUACGAUGUGUUUUCCCGCCAAUGCACGACUUCAGCUUCAGAACGGCUUCCCUACACCAAUGGAGGACAUCAGUGUCGGUGACAGAAUCCAAACGAUCGAUAUCUUGACCAAUCAGAUCAUAUUUACCGAGGUUAUAACAUUCCUUCAUAAGGAUGAAAAAAGUGAUGGAUUUUACCACGUGCUUGAGCUGGAAGACGGAAAACAAAUUGCCUUGUCUGGCCGUCAUUUGAUUUAUGCUGCUAAAACUAACCAAUCAGAUGCCAUAUCAGUUGUCUAUGCUGACGAUGUCACCUCUGGUGAUUUUGUUCGAGUAUCUGGCCAGGAAAAUUCCAUUAGAAGAGUGUUAGGGGUAUCUACACUGAAAACCAAAGGCAUGUAUGCACCCAUGACCCGACAUGGGACAAUGCUUGUAGAUGGUGUACUCGUAUCAUGCUAUGCGCAUUGGCAAUCUCAUGACAUUGCUCAUAAUGUUAUGGCACCUCUAAGGAUCUGGCAUGAUAUUACAUCCAUGCUAGGAAACAUCUUAUCAGGUACUGGGAAGGACAUAUCUACAGGGAACGGUUUGUCUGAUGGUAUUCACUGGUAUGCUUCUUUUCUUAUGAAUCUAAGUCAAUCGUUGCCUGCUUCGUUUGCUAAAUAUAUAGGACAGUAGUUGCMUUGUCUUUAAGUGGACAUUAUACUUUAGCUAGCAUUCAAAGAUGGCAUUUCUAGAACAUUUAACCUGCGUUAAAUAUUAUACAAUUGGUCCAGAGGUUGACAAUUUCUAUUGCAUGCAUUUUUUUCUUUACUUAACGCAGCUGCGUGCCUAGGCGCCUGCAAUGAUAGAUCAUGAGUUUAUAUCUAUACAGCGAGUAGAUUGGUCGGUGAACGGCGUUCCCAAAGGCGGAUCCAGGGAGGAUCUGAGUUAAAUGGCUAGCGCUCGUUUGAAAACUAUCAAGAGAGAUAUAAACAGUCAGGAAGCUAUAAAAAUGGCUUUUAUGUACACACCCCUUUCAAAUAUCACCCUGGAUCCGUCAUUUGUUAACCUAUUUUGAAGGCCCUAGCKGUGAGCCAGUCUUCUAGUGUAACUCAGUGAUAUCUUAUCGAAACAUGCUGAAGACAGUUUUUGUACAUAGUAUAUCACUGAAGGUUAUAAAUUAUAUACAAAUAAGAAAUAAAAACGGAUAAUAAAAAGCGAA